AUGUCAUUUGUUAUUAGAAGACAAUUGUCGUCAUUGAUUCCACCAAAGAUUGCUUCCGCAAAGAAUCUUGGCUCAGCUCCAAAUGCCAAAAGAAUGCAAGAAGUUGUUUCAUUCUACAAGAAGUUGCCACAAGGACAAGCACCAGCUGCCAAAAAGCCAACAAACCCAUUGGCAAGAUACAGGGCCGCUUACUUUGAUGGCGACAACGCUUCAGGUAAACCAUUGCUUCAUUUGGCUCUUGUUGUCCUCAUCUUUGGUUACUCUUUGGAAUACCAACACUUAAAAGCUCAUCACUAG